CAAACCUCAAAAUCCCAAACGUCUCAAGUCCCCCGGGCCCAGUCCAGUCCAGGCAGGGCAGGGCCCCCUUCCCUUCCCUUCCUUCAGGCGCAAGCUGCUACAAAGCUAAUUCUUUUAGCCUCCAGCCACAACUCCGCAAGCGCCGAGCUAGCCUAGUUAGCCGUCUUGUGUUGGAACUUGGGUGUGGUGUCAAGCUUCCACCGCAGCGUUGCACCGGCCUGUUGCUUGUGUUGCUUCUGAAGGGUUUUUCUACUAAAAGGAACCGCACCGCAGCAAUGCUGGGGUUACAUGCUACGUUCAACUUUGGGGUUAUAUUAUUAUUUUAAAUUCUUGUAUAUUUGCGGGUUGCGCGGGUGCGCGGGUGCGGGUGUGGUUGUGGUGGUUGUGGUGGGGUGGUAUUUUGUAUAUCAUGCCAAUAUCAUAUCAUUUAUCAUACAACUUCAUGCAUUCUCAUGUGUUGUGUUUAUUCAUGUAUUCGUUUAUUCAUGUAUUCGUU